CUGUGGUCUUGAAGGACUCGGCGUGGGGGAAGACCUUUGAUGGUUGGACCGACACCAAUCCCGACUGCAGCACCACUACCGGCGUCACCUGCGACGGCAACGGGAUGAUAACGAAACUUGAAAUUGCAUACACUCGGAUCUCAGGCAGCAUCCCUUCAAGCAUCAGCGCGCUGACUAAACUGCAAGUCUUACGUCUACCAAGCGCAGAGCUCACAGGUUCCAUCCCGGAUGGGAUUACCCUUCUGACGGACCUGACACACCUAAAUCUUGCUGGCAAUCAAUUGACCGGAUCACUCCCUGAAGCACUUGGCGCUCUGUCAAAUUUGAGAACUAUGUAUUUUUUGAAUAAUAAACUCACUGGGCCUAUCCCUUCUACAAUCGGCUCCCUUCAAUAUCUGAGAUACCUAAAUCUGUAUUCGAAUCAGCUUAGCGGCUCGAUUCCCAGUACUAUUGGCUUGCUUACAGGCCUGACCACAAUAGAGCUUUCGUAUAACAAGCUCACUGGUUCAAUUCCUCCAACAAUCACCAGCCUUACAACUCUUUACAACCUGUUUGUUUCCAACAAUCAGCUCGAUGGCUCCCUUCCCGUCGAAGUCUUUUCACACCCUAUAUUGUUUUAUGUAUCCCUUGAAGGAAACAAACUCACUGGUUCGAUUCCCACUCCAGUUGAACCAUAUGCUCCUUUAAGGGAAAUAUACCUUGGUAACAAUCAGCUCACAGGCUCAAUCCCCGGAAAGCUCAACUUGCUUACAACUUUGGAGUUUAUUAACGUCUCAUCCAACCUGCUCACAGGCAGCAUCCCUGCUGAUUUCAGCGCCCUCGGGAAACUGUGGAAAUUUGAUAUUAGUCACAAUCAAAUAACUGGCUCGAUCCCUGCUGAAUUAAGCACUCUCAGAAACCUGGACGACCUUAUCCUCUCACACAACCAGCUUACGAACAGCAUCCCUGCUGACUUUACUGCGCUCUUACUGCGGAGAGUGUACCUUGCGGGUAAUCAGCUCACAGGCUCCUUUGAUGCAUUUACAGGCUAUGGUGGUUACGUAAGGGAGUUAGAUCUUUCAUCCAACCAGCUCUCAGGCAGCAUCCCUGCUAGCUUCAGUGAUCUGUAUCAUUUGGAGAUCUUAGAUCUUUCUUCCAACCUGUUUGACGGCAGCAUCCCUGCCAGCAUCAGUGAAAUUAAUACUUUGACCACCUUGUCUUUAAGCAACAACCAGUUCAUUGACACAAUCCCCUCCACUAUCAGCGCCCUUACAGAACUGAUUACCCUGAAAUUGGCCAGUAAUCAGCUGUCAGGCUCCAUUCCAUCUGAAAUGAGUUCCUUACAGAAGCUCACUUACCUGGAUCUGAGGCUGAACCAGCUGUCAGGGUCCUUCCCAGAGAGCCUCUCCGCACUGACAGCCCUCCAGGAGCUGUGGCUUGACGGUAACAAGCUCACUCAAACACUUCCAUCUGCAAUUGGCAACCUUGUCGAAAUCAGAAAUUUAUCUCUGUCCAACAACAAUUUUUUUGGACGCAUACCAGACUCAGUCACGCUGCUCACAAACCUCAAGACUUACGACCUCUCUCACAACUAUCUCACAGGCGGCUUUGUGAAGCCAGCUAACGUGCUGGCUGUGCUUUCAUACAACUACCUCUCGGGCACUCUGCCUGCACAGCCGUCAGACUUGCUCGAUUCCAACUGCUUCAAACUGGCUUCGGGAGAAACCACACCGGUGCAACGCACGCAGUCAACAUGCCGGGCGUUUUGCGGCAUCUCAAUGGGUUCUGCCGCUGGCGGUUGCAGCGGCCAUGGGGUGUUGUGCUAUCCCGACGGACCUAACUUGGUGCCCACCUGCGUGUGUGAAACGGGGUUCUACACGUUUCGAAGGACGUAUUGUCUUGCUGCAGAAUCGGUCCUUGCCGCUCCACUCGAAAAGGCAAUGCUUCCACCGUCAACCGUGCUGACAGCGGGACUGAAAGCAGAGGCCAAAGGAGCGUUCACUUCUGAUCCGGUGCCCCUCUUUGUGUAUGAGAAUGGGCGAGAGGACCCAGGCUGUGGGUUUGAGCUGGCCUUCAGUGUCAACUUCACCUUCGCCCUCUCACCCAAAGCGAAGGCUGCUUCAAAUGGCUUCGCUUUUGUCGUCUCGGCAACCAAGACUGUGGGGAGCAGUGUUGGAGUGGGGUUCGGUGGAAUGGACAACCGAAGCAUGGCGAUUGAGUUUGACGUGCUUCAAAACAAGCCGCACAACGACAUGAAAGACCAGCAUGUGGGGCUGAAUAUCAACGGCCAGGACACAUCAAUCGCUGCUGUGAAGUCCCCAUUCCUACUGGCAAACAAAAAGCCAUACACGGCAUGGGUGGACUAUGUGCCUGGGGACCCUGGCACCAUCCAGGUAUUCCUGGCAACAACAGCAGUGAAGCCGGCAAAGCCGCUGCUAGACAGGCGGCUGUCGCUGUGUGCGGUGCUGCAGCCGGGACCACCGCAGGGGGAGGGGAUGGUGCAGCUGCCGCGGGCGUUCUACUUUGGCUUUGUGGCGUCUACCACAGUCAAGCCGUUCACGAUUCAAGCCAUUACGAGCUCUUACCUGCGCACAGAUGCUCCUCCUGUGCGGGGGCCAGUCGACAUCACUCCAGCCUACGGUUUAGACGUAUCACUGAAUACAUACCUGCCUACACGGGCGAGCCCCUUCCCGCGCUAUGUGAGUGCGGACUACCGAGUGUCGGCCGGGCAGAAGGACUCGUGGGUCUUCAGGGACCUCCACUCAUGGGACUCUGUGCCCUUCCUCGGCUGGCCCGUCAAGGACCAGGGCGAUUGCAAUGCGUGCUGGGCAUACGCAGUGGUGUCGAGCAUAGAAGCAGCAUACGGCAUUGCAAUGAAUCAAGAGGCGCCAGUGAUCUCAGUGGAUUCGCUCUUCACAGCCAUGAAUCUCACCACCCAGGCAGCCAAGUGCACUGCUGGAGGCUCUCCAACUGAAGCGUUUGAGAAGCUAAUGGCGCUGCCUAAGGGGGCCAUUACCAUGCAGGGCAAUGCGAAAAUCACGUUCCCUGUCCAGGGAUUUGAGCGCACUGCAUUCAAGGGGUAUGUGGGGCUCAUGCUGGCAGUGCAGCGGCAGCCAGUGGUGGUUCACGUUCAAGCCACUGCUGCCUCGUUCGCCAAAUACGAUGGAACCUUCAAGUACCAGGACCCUGGCUGCUAUAACGGUAACCUCAAUCACGUUGUACUCGUUAUUGGCUACCUCGUGUUGAGGAAUGAUGGGAGUGAGAAUCGCAUUGCGCCUCCGUUUUGGAUCAUUCGCAACUCGUGGGGCGAAGCAUGGGGCGACAGGGGCCACAUGCGCAUGGACAUGCAGGGAGGGGAUGGCGUGUGUGGCAUCAACGUGCUGCCUGGCAUCUACCCCAUUGUCAAGAUUCCAGGGGACCCAUGUGGCUUGAAGAGUUACAAGGGCGAUGGAGAUCUGCAGCCCAGCAUGAACCCGUGCGGUCGCUUCACCUGCACGCCCCUCCCCAAGACCAACAACAACACCUGCACCUGCACACUUCCUGCCCCUCAGACCAAGCAGCCCUUCAUUGAGGCUGCAAACGGCUAUGGAAGCACCUGUGUCUAUGUGGACGUGUGUGGGUCAUACUUCAAGAAUCCUUGCGCCGUGGGCACAUGCAUCAACGAUGGAAAGGGCUCCUACUCCUGCAUCUGCCCUCUCAACUACGUCCCCAGCACAACCAUCGACAACUUCCCCACCUGCGACCCAGCUAACACCACCGCCGUCAACUUGAUUGUGAGAGGUGACAACUGGUGGUGCUCCGACAUCUCUCCUCUCGUGGGCCUCACCCUAUCGCAGUUCACAUCGCAGAACCCAUCACUUGUCUGCACCAAGGCCUUGACAAAAGGGAGAACGCUUCGGAUCGUCGAUACUCCUGCCAUCCCCUGCACUGCCUACUUCUACACUCUCAGCGGCGACACGUGUCUUUCCAUUGCCACCUCUCUUCGCACCACCGUGACUGAUCUCCUGAAUCUCAACCCCGGCCUUGACUGCGUGCAAACCAUGAAGGCCGGCCGUUCUAUCUGUGUGGAGCGCAACGAAACCUAUGCCUACAGCGUCCCUGAGUGUGUGAAAUACACCAUUCUCACAGCAGACGACACGUGCGAGAAAAUGCUGCAGGGGCAAGGAUUGCAGAACGAUCCGUCUAUCUGGGCUGAGCUCUACCGCAACAAUCCCGGUCUUCUCUGCUCCAACGUCGUCCCCUCCUCUGCCUCGGCUGUUGGCAGCAAUGCUGGCGUGGAGGUGUGCCUCAAGGCGGAAUAUUGGCCAUUUGAACUCGGUAAAUGCAAUAAGGGCCGGCCCAAGAAUGUGUCGCCAUCGCUUUCCUGUUCCGCUGCUUACAGCUACUAUGGCGGCACUAUGACCCAAGCAGCUUCAGAUUUUAAUACCUACAAUGGCAAUGCCUGUGCCAAGAAUGUUGGGUCAAAGUUCAUAUGCGUGCCACGCUAG